AUGGCCCAGCAUUUUCAUGGGCAAUAUGGGCCGGGUCGACGAGAUCUGCCCAUGGGUGGCCCAACGGGAAGCCCUGCGCCACGCGUCCGGGCUACCUCGUCCAACGGUGCUAGAGGGUUUCCUCGCACUCCGCAAAUGGUACCUAACAACACCAUCAGUCCCAACCCGACUAGUCCACCAGCGGCCCCCGUCAAUCCGAUGAUGAUGAUGAUGAACAUGAUGCGCAAGAAUCCAAACGCCAAUCCAGAGUGGAUUGAAUUCAUGCUCCCGCGUAUGAUGACCCAAAUGCAGUCAAUGAUGCAAGAGUUCCGCAAUCAAAAAAUGAACAAACAGAUGAACCCAACCCCUGGCUUCUCAAAAACCCCAAAUCUUUCUGGAGCGGAGAUGAACGAAAUCAAACUCGCCCUGGAUUCGCUUCAAAAGAAACAAUCAGCAAUAGCCGCACAAGAAGCCGCCCAGGCCAACCCUGACAAAAGAAACGCACGAGUCAAGCUCGUCAAGCAAAUGCGCAUGCAGCUACAGAACAAGUACCUCAACUUUUAUUACAUCAGGGAGAUCAGGGGAAAUCUCAUGAGCUUGCAAAUGCAGCUAAACGCACUGGAAGUCUACCCUGAGGAUGAAACGGAUCUUUCUUUCUUCCUGUCGCAAGGGAAAGAACUUUUGGGAAAAGUGGAAAAUCCUCACGGAGGAGAAGCGUCACUGACUGUUGUGAAGAAUGUUUUUCAAGCUCUAAAGACCCUGAUUCUCUCCGCUUCUGCCACCCAGCAGCUAAAAUUUGAAGAAGCUAAAGAAACGCUCGAAGAAAAGCCCGAAAGUGCUUCAGUCAGCGAGUGCAAGCUUCUCAAAAUCCACCAACUGCUCAAACGCGACUUUUCUUCGCUGACAGACACCGUCAGAUACAUGGAACACGCGUUUGUCCGCAUCGAUGGCUUCCCUGACAAGAAGGCCGUAUCCAGCUGGUUCAAGUGCUGGAGAGACUUGUGGAAGUUGCAGGCGAUUGCGAACCCAACGCCGGCUGCAUUUUCCGGCGAAGGAGGCGAGCUACUGAAGGAGAUGCUGCCACACUUUCGAUCGGAACACUCGCAGUUGUUGUAUAAAAUUGAUCAAGUCGGCAUCGGUUCCUUCAUCGUCGACCAAGAAGUCCUCCAGGACGACUUGGAUCUGCUCAAAAUCGCCUUGCAUCCGAUCAAGAAAAAGCCAGUGAUUUCCAGCGAGAACGAGCUCCGCCAGUGGCUAGACGCCUUCAAUGAAAUGGAAAAAGCUGACGUUUGUGAAGACGAGUCCAAGCUUGAAAUGCAUCCAAAACUGCUUCGCGAUGCAGUGACUUCGACUCAAUGCCUCAAGAGAAUACGAACCUGGCUCGGCGAGAAGUUUGCCAAGCCUCUGAGUAGAUCGCCGCUUCCUGGGCGUCUCGAGGAUAUCCUCGCCAACCUAGAUGAUGCCGAAUCCAUUUCAGAGAGCCACACGCUCCUCAUCAAAGCUCUUCUCAAAGAGCUCGAAGAACGUCGCGGCUGGAUUGCCGACCGCUUCGACUCACUCGAGGAUCAGAGGCUGCUUGAAUGCGCCAUUCAGCUGGCCAUAGUCAUGAUUUCUUCGAAACACGACGGAAUCGUUGUCCUCUUGGGCGGCAAAGAUGGCCAGGUCGCGCAAACACUUGCAAAUGUGAAGAAAAUUGAAGCGGCGAAAAAGGGACCAGUGAAGGCUGAUGUUGUCACAAUCACUGCUAUUUUGACGAGCAUCAGAGAGGAAGAAUCGCCAAAGAAAAACGAGGAUGAAAUCGACCUGGACGACUCCGAAGAAGAGGAGGAAGAGCGAGAGCAAGAAACACCUCUUAAUCCGGCUAACAUGAAGCAGCACCUUCAAAAUCUCCUCAACAAACUCGACGGAAAGCCAAAAGAAGACGCUCCUCCUGCCGCUGAAGAAGAUCCAGUCGAGGAAGAGCCAAUCUCUGACCCGGAAAUGGAGGAAAUCUCAUCAGACGAGACCGAAGACGAAGAAACACCGAUCGACUUUGGUGCAGCUCUGAAACCUCCGUCCCCGCCUCCACAGGUUGAAAUCAACGAGGAGAACGUCAAAUUACUCAAAAACGCAAGGCCGAUUCCGACAAUUCCAGUUCACAAUCCAAGACACUUUCACAUAAGCCAAAAGCAUCGUCGCGGUCGAUUGACUCACUUUUCUGAGCCUCCUGAAAUCGGAAAUUGUUAUGAAAAACUCGCAACAAAACGCACAGCAAAAGCGGAUUUGGAGAUGGAAGACGAGCUGAUGAAGAAAUCAACGGCAAAUAUGAACAACAUCAUUUUGAUUUUGACAUCCGGCGGGGACACUCCAACUUAUGAUGAGCGCAAUGGAUCGAGAGCAAGUACACCAGCGAAUCCAGACUCGGCUGAAGAGGGAGAAUGUAAUGAUGAUGGAGUCGAGUUGAAACCAAGUUUGAGAAUCAAGAAUUUAAUCGACAGCCCUGAACGUGAGGAGAAAGAGGCUAAGAAAUUGCAAGAAUCAGCUUCCGAGCAAUUAGAAAAGGCCAAAAUACGACUUGAGCGCGUCGAAUCGUCCCCUCCUAGAAUCAAGUCCAUCGACAAAGAUGAUCCCGACAUGUCGGAAAUUUCGAGCGACGAGUCUGACGAAGAAGAACCGGUCAAGCAAGGGCCUCUUCCUGAAGCCGUGUCAGAGCUUGCAGAGGCUGUUACUGAUCCUCCCGAGUCCAUGAUUUCACAAGAGCCAAGCACAAUCGAGGUGAUCAAAAAAGAGAAUCGAAGAAAAUCUACAGAUCAGGAGAAAACGCCCGAAAAGCCCAAAAUCGUCGCAAAAUACUCGAGCGAGGACGAAAUUCCUUCAGACUCAGAGCCCCAGCCUGACGACAAAAAAGCAGCAGCGAAAACAAGUGAAAGAAUAAAAUUAGAACCUAUUGUACUUCAAAAUCGAAAUAAAUCGAGAACCAACGGCGCCCAUCACAAGCACGAGCCCACAGUUAGAUUCCGACCAACUUUCAGUCCCGAGCGAGAGGAAAUGAUUGAAAAGCCAGAAUUAGAUAUUAUCAAAAAAGAUAAUCUUUCACAGGAUUCACAAGAGUCAAAGUCCGACUUCGACAGGACCCGGUCCAUCACCAGCGACGCAGACUCCAUCGACCGACUUGAGAGCAUUUCUCAGCGCUCUUCCGAGACAUCUUCGAAGCACAACUACGUCCUGACUGAUAUAUCCCCGCCGCAGCCUCCGUCGAAAAGAAGGUCAAAGGAACUUGCACCUCCACCGCCUCCUUCUUCCAGCUCCCGGCGGAAAGAAAGAAGAAGCUCGUCCAACUCCUCGAAUUCAAGGCACAAUCUUCCGAUGCCCCCGCAACCUGCAUCCAGGCGCAAGGAACAUAAAGUCACGAUCGCGAAGGGCCAAAGUCUCAAAGAAGCGCUAGAAUAUACUCCGGCUGCGAGAAAAAGUGCUCCUGUAAAACAAUCAGCAGAAGAGCGAGUAAAAGCUCUGAAAGCGCGUCUGGAAGAGAUGGAGCGAGUCAUGCGAACUGGAGUCAUAGAUUCUUCAAGUCUGAAGAAGGGGCCGCAGUCCGCGCUGGAUGAAGAGUAUUACCCGACAGGAGCAAAGGCUAAGAAACAAAAGAAAUCCCGGUACCAACAAGUAGCAGAACCGCCUCCUCCGCCACCUGCUAAGAAGAAAGCACCUCCCCCACCUCCUCCACCAAAGCGUCAAUUCGGAGCAGAGCCACCUCCCCCUCCCAAGAAAACAGACUCACCUAGAAGUCGUUCCCCUCCCCCAGCACCACCAAAAUCAGGACGAGACAUUUCUACCCGUCCUCCUCCACCACCCCCUCCAAAGAACACGAAGAAACCUCCACGAACCCCUGAAUCCGACGAGUUUUCUCUCAACGAUAGUCUCACAAUAGUUUCCAAUUCACCGCGCUCGCCGCGUUCACCCUCAUCACCUUCUCCUCAACGACCAACUGAAAAUCGAGGACCUUCGACUCCACCAGCCCCACCGCGGCGUUCACGAUCCAGGUCCUCUCCCUCCCCAAGCAAGACAAGAUCCAGACGGGCAAGAUCACCAAAAACUCCAUCUCCAGAACGACCAGCUCCUCCAUCUCCGCCAAGAAGAUUGUCAGAUGGAGUAGCAGGGCCUCAAGCACCGCCAAGAAAACUCUCAGAUGGACUUGCUGGACCUUUACCACCCCCAUCAACAGAUUCACCAGCAAAGCGAAAGCGCGAGAAAUCCGGAUCCGGGAAUGAGCCAUCCUCGAAAAUCCAUGUUCUUCAAGAUGAAGAUCCCUUUGACAGCUUUGGCGCUGGCCCAAUGCCUCCUAGACCACCAACAAGUAGAUCGGCACCAUCCCCUGAUGCUUUUGGCCCAGCACUGCCAGCUGGUAUAACUCCUUUCGAUGAUCCAAACAGCGAAGAAGAUGAAUGGGUAGUAAAACCGCCAAGCUCUUCGAAAAAGUCCAAGAAAGAAAAGAAAGAGAAGAAAAGGAAGAAGGACAAGAAACGCAAAAGCAGUAGAUCAGAACGAUAA